UCGGGUGCCUUAUAAAAUAUUGAAGGUGCCUUACCUACGUAGCAAGUAUAAAUAAAUUCGAAUUUGUAAAAAAAAGCAAUCAUUUGUCAACGUCAACAAAGUUGUCAAAGCCUUUUCGGGAAAACAAAACCUAACCUCGUUGAAUUGAAUGCUUUUCUGUCUACAUUUUAACCUGUAAAGCUUUUUUUUUGGAGACGUUAAAUCUUAAACAUUAAUUGUGACCAUAAGCGGAACUAUAUUUAUGUCGUUAAUAUUAUAUUGUUUUUUGUAAAAUGACCAGUGAUACAAUAAAAAUUGGUGAAUAUCUCAUCAUUCAAAAACAGAAUUAUAGGAAAUUGCACAAGUUUUCAAAAUCAAAUUCAACUAUUAGUUUAGGUCGAGAUAGUGUAAAUUUAUCUGGUAUUGAAGGAUGCCCAUAUUUCUCAGUGUUUAAAAUGAUCCCUUCAGGUGGUAAGAGGAAUAAAGAAUACAGUUUGGAACUAACAGAUGCAGCUGUUAACUUGAAAGAUGAGAUUGAUGUGAAACUGUCAGGUAAUGAUAACAGAAAUAUAUUAGAUGAUGGCCGGUCUCAGAAGCUAACUGCUGCAGAAAUUGAGGAGUUAAAAAGUGAUGCCCUGAAGGCAUCAGAUAUUGUCGAAACUUUGAUUACUAACUCUAACACAUUUCACAGCAAAACUGAAUUUUCACAAGAGAAAUAUUUAAAAAAGAAAGAGAAGAAAUACUUUGAAUACCUUCAAAUAGUGAGACCGAAUUUGAGGUUAAUAACUGAAGUUAUGUACAGGUUGGAUCCAGGUAAAAUCCAAGGCAUUAGGAUGGACACAUUGUCCCAGAUUAUAACACUAUCUAACAUACAUUCUGAAGGUGUACAUUUGUUGUAUGAUUCUGGAUCAAAUGGUCUAGUUGCAGCAGCGAUAUUGAGCUCUAUUGGAAACAAUACCAAUGGUAAAUUGAUACAUAUGCAUCCUGGAAAUAUGUCUCAAAAACAAGGUCUGUUGGCUUUGAAUUUUACUGAAGAGCAAUUAUGCAGAUGCAUUUCAGUCAAUGUUUAUUCAGUAUUGAGGCAAUACCACCAAGGUUGUGAUAUAAAUACUAGUAAUGACUCUUCAAAAGCAAAUAAUGAACAUAAUACAUUAAAAAGAAAAUGUACUGAUGUUGAUGAAGCUGAUGAACAUAAAAAUAAAGCACCAAAGCUGAAAAAUAAUCAUGAUGUUAAAUCUGAUGAUGCUGAUGUAUCAGAUCAAAUGAACUUACAGUCAGAACCUAAAAAGCCAAAGUGGCACUUUGAUAACAUCGCUGCUUCUGAUUUGUUAAAGGGAAAAGUAGAUUCUCUAGUUAUAACUUGUAAAGAAGAUCCUCAAAAUAUAUUCAAGGAAUUAGUACAUUUUGUGAAACCAGGCAGACCUUUUGUAGUAUUCUAUCCUGUUGUGGAACCCCUGCAACAAUUAUAUUUAACUUUACGAUCAUACAGCAAUGUUGCCGCUUUAAAAGUUACAUCAAAUUGGAUGAGAAACUAUCAGGUACUGCCAGAAAGAACACAUCCAGAAGUGACAAUGAAUUGUUCAAGUGGAUUUUUGUUGACAGGAUAUGUAUUAAAGUGAUUUUUAUUUAUUAUUGUGAUAAUAUCAUUGUGAUGAAAUCAAGGUUCUGUUUAAGGAGAAAAAUAAUAAAAGUCCUUUUUUUUACAAAUUUA